AUGGCAAAGGUCGACAAGACAGAUGUACUCGAGACGGUCGAGCCUGGUACGGACUCGGGCGGGUCUAUCGGUCACAGCCAUGAUGCCAAAACGCCCGAAUACUCGGAGAAGAACGUCGCGCAGGCGUAUCCAACAGCGACAAUCGAUGGCCAUGGCACCUCUCUCAGGCGACUCUUCAGCUUCGCUCAGCUUCUCGCCUUUUCCUUGACCUUUAUGGAGUCCUGGGAAGUCAUGGCCAUGAACAUUUCGGCCACCUUCUGGAACGGCGGCCCGCAGUCCCUCAUCUGGGGCUGCAUCGCGGUCGUGAUCGGGUCUCUGGCCCAAGCAUUCUCCAUGGCAGAACUAGGUUCCAUCCUCCCCAUAGCCGGCGCGCAGUACCAUUGGACGCAUAUCAUGGCCCCCGAGGGCGCGAGGAAGUUUAUCACUUGGAUGCAAGGCUGGGUGACCUGGUUUGCCUGGGUCUCGGCUCUCGCAGGGAGUGCCUCUGGCGAAGCGGCCCUCCUCCAAGCCCUGAUCGCAGAGAACGUGCCGGGAUACACGGCCGAGCGAUGGCAUCUGACCUUCAUCAUGUGGGCGCUGUUGAUCUCCUGCGGGCUCAUCAACACCUUCACCUUCUGGCUCGUGCCCUGGCUCGAGCUGGCCUCGGGCAUUCUGCAUGUCAUCUUGUUCGUCAUCUUCGUCGCCGUCCUGACCGCCCUGGCGCCCAAGCACGACACGACUUUCGUCUUCUUCACCGAAUCCAUCCUGUCCGGCUGGGACCGGAGCAGUUUCGUCGCCUUUAACCUGGGCAUGCUGGUGCCUGCGUGGGGGUUUAUUGGAUUCGACGGCGUCGUGCACAUGUCCGAGGAAGUCCGCCGGGCCAAACACGCCGUCCCGCGGUCCAUGGUCCUGACCAUCGUCAUCAACGGCCUCAUGGCCUUUAGCAUCAUCCUCGUCCUGCUCUACUGCCUCGGCAACCUGGACGACGCCCUCGACGCCUCCUACCCCAUCAUCCCCAUCUGUCUGAACGCGACGGGGUCCAUGGCCGCCACAAACGCCAUGGUUUCUGGACUGAUCAUCGUCACGUACUUUGUUGUCGCGGCGAGCGUUGCCUCCGUCUCGAGGAUUACCUGGGCGUGGGCGCGAGACGGGGCUCUGCCGCGAUGGUUCUCGGUGAUCGACCGCAAGCGCCACGUCCCCGUCAACGCGACGUGGCUCCCCAUCGUCAUCGUGUGCCUUCUGGCCCUGUUUCAAAUCGGCUCCACCACCGGCACUGCUUUUAGCGCCUUCACGGCCCUCUCCUCUCUGGGACUAUACACGUCCUACAUCAUCGCCAUCUCGUGCAUCCUGCACGCGCGUCUGACGGGCCGUCUGACCGACAAGCCCCAAUCCCCGUCCGGCGCGUCUUCUUCUUCUACUGUACAGUACGGCUCCUGGCGCAUGUGGCCCGGCAUCGCCACGCCGGUCAACAUCUUCGCCCUCUGCUGGACCAUCUACCUGACCAUCUGGCUACCGUUCCCCACGACCCUGCCCGUCACAGGCACGAACAUGAACUACGCCCUGCCCAUCUACGUGUUUGUCGUGCUGUGUUCGCUGGCGUAUUGGUUCCUGUGGGGUCACAAGCAUUGGCCCGGGUUGGAUUUGGCGGCGAUAGGCAUGGUUGAGGCGCAUGAGUAG